GUGUAGUUGAGGAUUGAUAUUUGAGAGUUGAGGUUGAGAAUUAAGAUUUAUCAGGCGUCAUUUGCCACUUUGAAGUAUGCCAAAAUACACUUAAUAUAUAUUAUUAUCGCAUGGUCUUAUGGAUUUUAAUUUCAUAGCUUUACUUCAUUUGCCGUAAAAUCUGUAAUUGUAGAUCAAAUGUUCGUGAUUGUUAAGUGUAAAAGUUAUUAUCAAUUAUUUGCAUAUACGAAUUCAUUUAUUUCAAUGUAACUUUUUAAAUAAAAUAAAUCAUCAACAUUUAGGUGAAGAAAGCUAAUAUGACAUUAAUCUAUUAGGUAAUAUGAAAGUGUUGUUAUGAAGCUGCUAAUUUUUUUUGGUUUACUCGAUGCCCUUGUGGCAUUGGGUUUAUGCAGCGAUAUUACAACUGCGGUAUUUGGUAAAGAAUUAGAUGGAAUGCCAGCUGCUUUUGGAGAUUUCAAUUCGGAUGAGCUUACCGAUGUUUUCGUGCUUAGCAAAGAUGGCAAAACAGUUCAGAUUUUAUUGGCUUCUGUCGAAGAGCCAUUAUUACAACCAAAGACAGAAUUUAGUUGCGCUUUUAAACAAAUAGUUACCAGUGUCGUACCUGGAGAUUUUGAUGGUGAUGUUUUUAUGGAUAUACUGAUUACCACAAUGGAUAGUAGCGAAGGAAUUACAAAUGUUUAUGUUCUUUGGGGUGGUAAUCGACAAUUGAAUUGUACGGAUGAAAGUAAACCGCUGUUACAAAUGAGAGGUCAGCCUUUGGCAAUGGAUUAUAACCAAGAUAUGAUUAUUGAUCUUUUUGGAGCCGAUGUAAAUGGUACUAGAACAUUUUGGGUUUUUAAUUCCAAUAGAACAACACCAACUAUACAUUACAUGAAGGAGUCAAGAAAUUUGGAUACUCUAGAAUCGAUAAGGGAGCCUCACGCUAAUGCUUUUUUGGAUCUAAAUAAUGAUUUCUACCCUGAUCUGGUGAUAACAACUGAGAAAUAUUUUGAAAUAUGGUAUGGCAAAGAGAAUGGCUUUGAAUUUAAUAAUAAAAUUCCAACUCAUACAUUUAAAGGAAUAAUUGGCCAGUCGCUUCAUCUAGAUGUAGAAUUGUUGGGCAAAAUGGAUCUUGUUUUACCAAUUUGCGUAGAUACAAACUGUAAAACUAGUUUAAUUAUGAUUUAUUCAAAUGGAUGGCAUGAUGUACAAGUCAAUUUUAAAGAUAAUUCACACGUCACGUGGGGAUUUGCUUUGGAUGGUGGACAGAGAUACACGGAUACAAUAACAAUGAGAGGCGGGGACUUCAAUAUGGACGGAUAUCCAGAUUUACUUGCUACACUAAGAUCAUCCAAGACGCAGCAGACGCGUUCAUUUCUCCUCGAAAAUGUUCCUUGUGAUUAUAAUUGCGGAGUAUUUAAUCGAACAUUCCAAGUUCGUUGGAACGCUUUGAAUCCAUUCUUUAAUCAAAGUGUAAUGGCAGUGUUUUAUGAUUUUUACCAGGAUGGUAUUUUGGAUGUGAUAUUAGUACUUAAAGAUCUUAAGGACAGUAAGAUUUAUAAGACGGCAGCGUUUAAGAAUAGUCUUGAUUAUGAUGCAAAUUUCGUUAAAGUAAUGGUUCUUACUGGAAGAACAAAUAGUAUGUAUCCAAUAUCUCCGGGUAGUCUCGGAAGAAAAAAAAGAACAUACGGAACAAAUUUACCCGGACCUUCUAUUGCUUAUAAAACUACGACGCAGGAUGGCAGCCCUCGAAGUGCAAUAGCUGCACAACUACCUCAAAGCGCCCAUUUUAGUUUAAAUUUGCCAUUUACUACGUUUGGUUUAGGCAGAACGCCAAAUUUUAUCGAUUCCUUAACGAUAGGGCUGUCCAAUAGAUCUCGAGAGUGGCCACAAAUUAUUCCUAACUCUCAGAUGGUAGUGAUACCAAAUCCUCCCACGGAUCCUUCAAGAUGGAAGGCGCAACUUUUCGUCACGCCAAGUAAGUUGAUCCUGUUGAGCGCUGCCGCACUGACAGGAACCUGCGGAUUGAUAACCGCAAUUAUCGCCGCACUGUACUGGAAGGAAAGGCGAGAGGAUAAAAUUGAGAAAUUACAAGAGGCGCAUAGAUUCCACUUUGAUGCAAUGUAAAAUGAAUGAAAUGAAAAUAAUUUAAAAUAAGAUAUCCUAGGUCGUUGAUACUUUUUUAACGAUAUGAGUUAAGAAAAGGAGCCUGAAUAUUUUAUAUACGUUGGAAUUACUUUGAAUUUGAAAUCUUUUUACCUAUGGUAAUUUUGCAUAACGUGCAUAAUAUUUAUUACGUAAUGAAACUGAAAAAUCGAAUGCUUUUUCAAAUUUUAAUUUUCUACAUUUUUCAUAAUAAAUAU